UCCGCCGAUCCCCAAAAUCCAAAGCCCGAGAAAACAAAAUGGGCAAUGGCAUCACCAAGAACCCAUGCUUCUCCGGCGACCCAUACGCCGCCGCCGUCGCGUCCGACCCGCUCCCCGACGACAGCCAUGGCCACUCCUUCACCUACGUGCCGUCGGCUGCCGCCUUCGAUCAGCGCCCGACGGCUUCCGCGAUGUCGUCUGAGCCGUCGUUCUUCUCUCUGUCCGGCGCUGCCAUCAGCGCCAACGUGGCGACGUCCGCGUCGAUGCCGUCGUUCCGCCUGUUCAACGAGCUGACAUGGCCGCCGUCGACCGCGUGCACCUUCGAGAGCUCGCGCUCCUUCGCCGCCGUGCCGCUCCAGGCCGCGCCGCCCAGGCUGUCCAUGUCCGGACCGCUUCAGUCCAUGUCCGGCCGUUUUUUGGGGACAUCGGGCUCCGCGUCCACCAUCUCCGGUUCACCCUCGGACCGCCCCUUCAUGCCAAGCGCGCUUGACCGCUCCUUGUCGGCCUCUUCCUCUGUUAGGCUCCAGCUCAGCGUCUCUCAGCUCAUCGCUGAGCGCCGCGCCGCGCGCUCCCGCCGCAGCGAUGAGCGAUCGCUUCUCCGGUUCUUGGAAAAGACCGCCUCCAGGCUCCGGUUCGGGUCGCCGCGCUACGGCGUUCGGCAACAUGAACCUGCUGAGCCGGUAAAGAUAUCCUUCAGCGACGGGGACCACCGCUCGCCGCCGAAUGGCAAUGUGGAGUGGGCUCAAGGCAUGGCCGGCGAGGACCGGUUCCACGUUGCCGUCUCGGAGGAGCACGGGUGGGUGUUCGUCGGGAUUUACGAUGGCUUCAACGGCCCGGACGCGACUGACUACCUCUUCGCCAACCUCUACGUCGCCGUGCACCGCGAGCUCAAGGGCGUGCUCUGGGACGACAUCCAAGGCGGCGACGGUGCCAGGUGCAUUCACCAGGAACUCGCUCCAGCCAAUGCCGAACACCUCUGUUUCGCGCAGGCGGACGUCGACAGAGUAGAGACUAAGCGUAGACGCAUGGAACGGCCCGUGCCAGGCAACGUAGCCACAGCAAUGCACCGCGACGUCCUGAGGGCGCUGGCGCGGGCGCUGCGGAAGACAGAGGAGGCGUUCUUCGAUGCGGCGGAGGAGCGCGCGGUCGAGAGCCCGGAGCUGGGGUUGAUGGGGUCGUGCGUUCUGGUGAUGCUGAUGAAGGGUGCUGACUUGUACGUGAUGAACGUCGGGGACAGCCGCGCCGUGCUGGCGCGGAGGCCGGAGCCGGACCUCAAGGACAUCCUCGGCAAGGCGGCGAAGGACCUGCAGCAGUUCAAGGUUGAGAUCAUGCGCGAGCUCGAGGCGCACGACAGGGACGGCCUCCAGGCCGUGCAGCUUACCCCAGAGCAUAGCACGGCGGUCGAGGAGGAGGUGAUGAGGAUCAAGGAGCAUCAUCUGAAUGAUCGGAACGCGAUAGUCAAUGGCCGGGUAAAGGGGAAGCUCAACGUGACAAGAGCAUUUGGGGUUGGCUACCUGAAGCAGCCAAAGUGGAACAGCAGGUUGUUGGAAGCCUUCAAGAUCAACUACGUUGGCACGGACCCAUACGUGACGUGCACCCCGUCGCUGUGCCACCACCGCAUCGGCGCGCAGGACAAGUUCCUGGUUCUGUCCUCCGACGGGCUCUACCAGUACUUCACCAACAAGGAGGUGGUCGACCAGGUGGAGGCGUUCACCGCCGAGCAGCCCGACGGCGACCCCGCGCAGCACCUCGUCGCGGAGCUAGUGAUCCGCGCUGCGAGGAAAGCCGGCAUGGCGUCGCACGAGCUGCUGGACAUACCGCACGGCGCGAGGAGGCACUACCAUGACGACGUGUCCAUCAUCGUGAUCUCGUUCGAGGGGAGGAUCUGGCGAUCCUCUGUCUAGGCGCGCCCGCACCUCGGCAAGUUUCAGGAGUUCAAAGCGUUUCAGGACGCAGAGUUGAAAGAGGAGACGGAAAUGGAACCGGAUGCUUUCCAUCAGUAGGGUAUAGUUGAGGAUCUGGACGGCGAAGGUACUGUGCUGCCGAUCGCCGAAGCACAUGCGCCAUGAACGAGCUACCUUCGGCUCUCGUUUCACCAUCAGAGAGAACCGUGUUCGCUUCCGCCGGAACUGUUGUACAUAGUUCGGCAGGAGGAACUCUAGUAGGCUUAUGUAAUCCUAAAAAAAAGGAAAAAAUAUAUAUCUGGUAGUAUGUAAUUAGGCUUUUCGCAUGAUUGCGAUCGAAAGAAGGGGAAGAAAAGUAUA